UUAGAUGUAUUGUUUUAUUGGGUUAUACGAUUGAUUGAAGUCUGAUGAAGACCUGUUUUCCACCAGGACUGAAUUAGGGCUAGAAAAAAACAGGUCCCGAGUAUCUCCUGCACUAGAAUUUGGGUGUCAGUUUCUAAAGCGUGUCCCUCUGAAGGUGGAGCAUGGAGGACAUUUUAUACCAAAUUAUAUUUUCUCUUCUAGAAACUUUACUCAAAAUGUCUGGUUGCUGCUGUCAUUUCCUCUCUUAGUUUUCUCCUUUAUAUUUCCCAUGCAUGUUCCACAGACUCUACCUCAUUGCAGCUCUCACAUAAUCCUUUAAGGUGUUUACUUAUGAAGUAUUUAGUAUUUAAUUUAGUGUUUGAAAGUAUUUACUUUGGCAACACUAAAUUGGCCCUAGUGUGUGAAUGUGAGUAUGAAUGUUGUCUGUCUAUCUGUGUUGGCCCUGCGAUGAGGUGGCGACUUGUCCAGGGUGUACCCCGCCUUCCGCCCGAUUGUAGCUGAGAUAGGCUCCAGCACCCCCCGCGACCCCGAAGGGAAUAAGCGGUAGAAAAUGGAUGGAUGGAUGGAAGUAUUUACUUAUUCAGUCUGGAGUGUCCUAAUAUAACGCGUGAUAUGAUUCCUUCCUCUUUUGUGCUCCCCCUUACAGUUCUUCCCGCUCCUACUGUGUUCUGUAUAUUAUAUGUCCCAAUGUGAUUGCCACUCUUUUAAAAGAUGUUCUUUAAUUCAGGAUUUUCCCUCUGACUUACUGAGAGCUGGUCUAGCAUUAGUGUCUGGUUUGCCAGCUGAUCUGCCAAUUCAUUGCCCUUUAUGUCUGUGUGAGCCGGAACCCGUAGGAACCUUAGGUUCGACAGCUAAGAUCCAACUCUUAAGUCUGAACAGUAUUUUAUGUAUGUCAUUAACUAUAUCUUGUCUGUUUUGCGACCUAAAAUUUUGAAUAGAGAUUAACGCUGACCUUCAGUCUGAGCAGACUAUCACCUUUUUUUUAGCUGUGACUCUUCUUCAUUGUUCUUUCUUGAACUGCAAUCCGCAGCCUUAGUACUAAAAAAGCAAAGCCUGUAUUUCAUGUGAUUGGAUCUUUUGAUAUGUCCGUAAAUAUUGGAUUAAGCAAACUGUAUUUUGGACUCCAACGGUCUUCAACCAUCACUACCACCCUUCCACUGAGCUCUUGACCAUUGGCUUUUUGCCGAGGCCAAAUAUCCAUCAAAGCUGCAGGGAGCAACCAUGUAGGAGUAAUUGUUGAAGGUCUUGAUAAAGAAAACGGCAUUUGUGUUAAUUUGAUGUCUUCUGCCAUUCUCCUGCUCCUCCAUGCAAAACAUUCAUAUUGAGCUCCCUGGCUCUCCCAGGAUGGUAACAUCACCCUUCUUGUAGGGCUCUGUAUUUCAGAGUGACCUCAACUGCAAUGGCGUCUCCACCCGGAGUGCAGAAAGAGGAGUUGUCCUGAAAGUCUCAGGGCUCGUGUCUGAACUGGUUCCAAUAUUUGAACAGAUUGCUGACCCAUACAUGCAUAGUCUAAAAUCGCCCUUACCGUAGCGAUGCAAAACCUUUUCAUGGCUGCUCUGCUGGUGCCCACCCUCCUCCUUCCAUGUUAGCCUAGUGUCCAUCCACAUACCCAAAGACCUACAUGAAUUGACUUGUUCUACUACCUGGCCAUACGCAAGCACUCUUCUUUUCCAUGUGAACACUAUAAUUGUUUUCUUCCCCACCGAUAAGCCCAUUCUUCCACCACACUUAGUGCCUCUUGAAUGUUAUUUGUGAUGUGACAAACAUUUCUAGCACGUUUCCAUAAAGCGUCAUCAUCUGCAAAUAAUCAACGCCCAUACUGCCUUCAGCAUGUUCAAAGAUGUCAUCGAUCGUAAAAGAAAAUAAGAUUGGGCAAAUCACACUCCCCUGGCGGAGUAUCCGAUAGUUCUCUGACCUGUACAAACCUAAUCUUUAAUACAUCCCCAAGUUCGACCUGAGAUACCCAUCAACCCUAAGGUCUACGGAUGUUCUCAUCCAUCAGGUCUUUGUCAUCUCAGGGCAUUCAAUCGAUCGCAACCGGACUGUUUGGUUUGUCUUUGAAGACGUUUGGCCUCUCAUUCAAGUAGGCUUUUAAGACAAACCAAACAGUCCAGUUGCAAUCGAUUGAAUGGCCUGAGACCAUCAACCCUUACUUGAUUAUUAGUCGCUCCUUCCAGACCAUGUCGUAAGCCUUCUCUGCAUAAAAAAUACUGCCAACACUGACUCUUUAUUAACUUGAGCUUUCCUUAUAUGCGCUUCCAAACAUGUUACAGAAUCCAUAGUUCCCCUUCCUCUCCUAAAGAAUCCUUUUACUCUCCCCAAUGUGCAUCAGCCUCUCAGUAAUCAUCCUCUCCAGGACUUUCCCCGAGUGGGAGGUCAGCCCUAUAGGCCUAUGAUUGCUCUGGUUAGUAGGAUCCUUCCCUGGCUUUCUUGUCAGGACAAUCACCACCUAUGUCCAACUUGGAGGCAAAGUUCCAACCUCCCACACUGUAUUGUAAUAUCCAAGAACUUCCAUGGCAGCUAUAGGCCCCAUGCUGGCACACACGUUGUCCUUAGCCGGUGCUUGUAAUAUUGCCCUUCUCAUUUCCCUGCUGAGGCCACAGGUUGUACUUUUAAAGCAUGCAAUAUUUAGAAUGUAAAAGAAAAUGUGCCCUCUUAUGUGGUCAAGAAGAGAUAUGCUGAAGAGAGCGAGCACACUGGUCCUCAGAAGAGGACUGUCGAUAUUGAACAAUGACUGUGUCUUCAGAGUUCACCCAUCAGUGUCACAGGCGCUGGCGGAAAACGGACCGGUGGUGGCGCUAGAGAGCACCAUUAUCACUCACGGCAUGCCCUAUCCUCACAACCUCAGAACAGCUCAAGAGGUGGAGGCCAUUGUGCGAGCUGAAAACGCCACACCCGCCACUGUUGGAGUGAUUAGGGGCAAAGUUCACGUCGGACUGUCUUCAGGGGAGCUGGACUUCUUGGCCCGCUGCGACGGCUCCAUGAAGGUGUCUCGACGAGACCUGCCCUAUGUUGUCAGUCAGGGGCUCUCGGGGGGGACCACCGUGUCGGCCACCAUGAUAGCAGCGCACCGGGCUGGCAUCCCGGUGUUUGUCACUGGUGGCAUCGGGGGAGUGCACAGAGACGGACAGAACAGUCUGGAUAUCAGUGCUGAUCUGACAGAACUGAGCAGGACUCCCAUCGCCGUGGUGUCGGCUGGCGUCAAGUCUAUUCUGGACAUCGGCCGCACACUGGAGUACCUGGAGACACAGGGUGUUUGUGUCGCCACCUAUGGAUCGUCCAAGGAAUUUCCAGCAUUCUUCUCCCCAUCGAGCGGUUUCACGUCGCCGUAUCAAGUCUGCAAUCCUGACAAAGCCGCAGAACUCAUUGAAAGCGCUCUUUCAUUGGGCGUCCAGAGUGGCGUCCUCAUAGCCGUGCCCAUCCCUGAGGAGCACGCCGCAGCAGGCCAGCAGAUCGAGGAGGCCAUACAGGCAGCCCUGGAGGAAACAAAUGCUAAAAGCAUCAGAGGAAGAGACGUGACUCCGUACAUUCUUCAGCGAGUCAAUGAGCUGACCAAAGGAAAGUCCCUUCAUGCUAAUGUUGCUCUCAUGCACAACAAUGCUAAAGUGGGCAGCCACAUCUGCUGUGCUCUCGCUGCACGCACCAAGAAGAGCAAGUCACAAAGUCAGCCAUCAGACUCUAAUAUUGUUGUCAUCGGCGGUAUAAAUGUGGAUUUUAUUGCCAAAGGAAAAAGCAAAAGUCUUCAAUUUGGACGGACCAACCCAGGAAGUGUGUGUCAGUCAUAUGGAGGUGUGGGAAGAAACAUCAGCGAUUGUUUAAGUCGUCUGGGCCGGCGGCCAUUGUUCAUCUCUGCCACUGGGAGGGAUUCCCACAGCGAGGCCGUCUUCAACCACUGCAGACAUAUGAACACCAGCGGCGUGACCAGGUUGGAAGGCGCGAGCACAGCGACGUACUGUGCCGUCAUCACAGAGAGUGGAGAACUCAGUCUGGGAUUGGGCGACAUGGACAUUCACCAGCAGAUAACACAGCAAUAUGUGUCCCGGUUUAAGGAGCAGCUUUUGUCAUCUAAUUUGGUGUGCCUUGAUGGAAACAUACCCAUUUCCACCAUCAGAUACGUUUGCUCCAUGGCCAAAGAGCACAACAUCAAUGUUUGGUAUGAGCCCACCGAUUCCGAAAAGGCUUGCAAGCCUUUCCUGUCAGACGCCUGGAAGUCGUUGGCCUACACCUCCCCAAAUUUGUCGGAGCUGUGCACCAUGAACAAAACGCUGGGCCUCCAGACGCCUGAAGUGCUCCCAAGUUCCUUGGAGCAGCUGCUGAGUCUGGCCGUGGCUCUCUCACGCCCCCUUCUGGAGCACAUCCACUGCCUGGUGGUGACCUUGGGGGCCGACGGGGUGUUGGUGUGCGGGGAGCAUCAAGCAGGCUCAGUCCGCCUGCAGCCCAGGAAAGACAAGAAGAAGAGAAAGCUGUGUGCCGUCCACUACCCAGCUCUGAAGGUAGCAGCACGGGAGACGAUGAACGUCUCAGGAGCAGGAGAUAGUCUCGCAGGUGCCCUGAUGGCGGGGAUGGUCCAGGGUCAAGACACGGACACCUGUGUUCGCAUGGGUCUCCUGGCCGCGCGCCUGUCCCUCGCAUCGCCGCACCCCAUCGCCCACGUGCUGACAGCACACUCUGUGGACCCCCACCGGGUUCCCCAUCACAGCUGGCCCCCACCCAGAUUCUUGUGGAUUGACUGAAAAUAUUUGUACAUUAUAGGCAGGAGGGGAAAAAACAAGGAUUGGUUUUCUGCUCCAUUUUUAAGUUAAGUUAAAGUUAAAGUACCAAUGAUUGUCACACACACACUAGGUGUGGUGAAAUUUGUCCUCUGCAUUUGACCCAUCCCCUUGGGGAGCAGUGGGCAGCAGCGGCGCCGCGCCCGGGAAUCAUUUUGGUGAUUUAACCCCCAAUUCCAACCCUUGAUGCUGAGUGCCAAGCAGGGAGGUAAUGGGUCCCAUUUUUAUAGUCUUUGGUAUGACUCGGCUGGGAUUUGAACUCCAACCUACCGAUCUCAGGGCGGACACUCUAACCACUUGUGUGGAAUCCUAGUUAGGAAUACGAUGUGAAAAAUGAAGGCCUUUCAUUUUAAAAUCAUCGGUAUGUGCAAUGCAUAGUUGCAAAAUAAAUCCUAUAUUCUGCAUUGUUCAGUAAAAUAAAGUCAAAUAAUACAAGCAUUAAACUUUUUUUUUUAUUUCUGUGGAGGUCCUGCUUCUCCGGGUUCUCUGGACCACCAAUGACGCACAUGACAGCCGUGUUCAUCGUUGCGAACAAUGAUUUAUUUUGCAAUAAUCUGUGCUUUUCAGCCAUGUUAGAGUCUACCUCGCUCGUUCUGCACCUUCAACAACCUCCUCUCCUUCUUGACUGCUGCCUUUAACAGAGCGACAGGUGAUCAGACAAACACUCACAGCUGUGUCAUCUACGCACCUGUCACUAAUCUCGAAGCCGAUCUUGACACACCCCGCUUCGCUGCAGGUCCGCAGGCCACACCCUCCCACAAUUUCAUUAAACUAUUUCCAAAGUGUUUCACAUAGAAAGAAAAACUGA